AUGCCUGAAGGAAGACCAUUCACCUACGGUCGCGGCGGUGCCGGGAAUGUCACCAGCAAACCCCGCUCGCCCGCGCUGGAGCCCCAAACGACCCCUACCUUGAAAUCGCAAAUGUACACCACUGGCCGCGGUGGCACUGGCAACAUGGCGAAAAAUGACAACCCCGAAGAGGCGCGACGGGCACAGGAUGUGGAUGUCCCUGGCAUCAUCAUGCCAGAGGGUACCCAUCACACAGGCAGAGGCGGCGAAGGCAACCUGUACAAGCCCACAGAAGAGGAGCAGCGAAAGGCUCGAGCCCACAACGAGAAAGUACGGACAGAGUCGUUCAAUCGCGAUGGGUCCAAAGAUCGUGGCCACAUCCGCGCCCUGGCCGACAAGGCCAAAGACAAAGCAAGGGAGGCUUUACCUGUCAAACAUCACAAUGAGAAAUAG